UAGGCGCCGGUUCAUCAGCAGAGAAGACGUAUUUUGCUUCUUCAGCUCCGCCAGGGAGCAUAUCGGAGCUUUAGUACUGAUUGUUUGUUUUUUUUUUCUCGCCGGAGACGGCGAAGAGGAUACCAGGCCCCGCCUUAGAGAUGGAGACAGUUGAACCACAGUCAUUGAAGAAGCUUAGCUUCAAAUCUCUCAAACGAGCCCUAGACCUUUUCUCUCCGGUCCACGGCCAUGUCGCUCCUCUCGAUUCCGAAAGCAAAAAAAUUCGUAUCAGUCAUAAGAUAAGUGUUGAGUACGGAGGACUGAAGAACACCGGUACUAAGCCUACUGGCCAGGCAAGUUCCGCUCCCGACAGUGCUAUUGGAACUUCAGCGCCUUCCAAUGCCCUCGCACUUCCUGGUCCAGGUGAUUCUAGGGAUGUGAAGUCUGGGGCACAAAAUGCAGUGGUUAUUGGUCCAACCGUGCAGCCAAACACACAAAAUGACGGUGGUCUUCAGGGAAGAAGCUCAGCUAUUGUUUCGGCACCUGGUUCAUCCGAAAGGAUGUCUACUUCUGCAAUUAUGGAAAGAAUUCCAAGCAAGUGGCCACGUCCAGUUUGGCAUGCUCCGUGGAGAAAUUAUAGGGUCAUAAGCGGUCACUUAGGGUGGGUAAGAUCAGUUGCAUUUGAUCCCAGUAACACGUGGUUUUGUACGGGUUCAGCAGAUCGUACAAUCAAGAUUUGGGAUGUUGCAAGUGGAAAGUUAAAACUCACAUUGACAGGCCAUAUUGAGCAAGUACGAGGUCUUGCUGUCAGCAACAGGCAUACCUACAUGUUUUCGGCUGGUGAUGACAAACAAGUUAAAUGCUGGGACUUGGAACAGAAUAAGGUCAUUCGUCAUUACCAUGGUCAUCUGAGUGGUGUUUACUGUUUGGCUCUUCAUCCAACAAUAGAUGUUUUGCUUACUGGAGGACGUGAUUCUGUCUGCCGGGUGUGGGACAUUCGAAGUAAGAUGCAAAUUCAUGCCCUCUCUGGACAUGAUAACACAGUUUGCUCAGUUUUUACUCGACCUACGGACCCACAAGUUGUGACUGGCUCCCAUGACACAACUAUCAAGUUUUGGGACCUCAGAUAUGGGAAGACCAUGACAACACUGACAUACCAUAAGAAAUCUGUUCGGGCAAUGGCAUUGCAUCCUAAAGAGCACAGUUUUGCAUCUGCCUCAGCUGACAACAUCAAGAAAUUUAACCUCCCCAGAGGGGAGUUUGUGCACAAUAUGCUUUCUCAGCAAAAGACUAUAAUCAAUGCAAUGGCUGUCAAUGAGGAGGGUGUAAUGGCGACUGGAGGUGACAAUGGUAGUUUAUGGUUCUGGGAUUGGAAGAGUGGUCACAACUUUCAGCAAUCUCAAACAAUUGUACAACCUGGGUCGUUGGAUAGCGAAGCUGGUAUCUAUGCCCUUUCCUAUGACAUAACUGGUUCAAGGCUCAUAACAUGUGAAGCUGACAAAACAAUUAAAAUGUGGAAAGAGGAUGAAAAUGCUACCCCCGAAACUCAUCCUCUCAACUUCAAGCCACCCAAAGAUAUCCGAAGAUUCUAGACUCAGGUUCUCGAAAGGGUUAGUGUGUUAUUUCAGGUUACUUUGUAUGCAUUGAGAAGUUAUGUAGACUUAGAAAUUCCAUACUCUCUAAUUCUGAUAAAUUGAAAUUUGUAUAUAUGUAAAUUAGGCAAUUUUUCUAAAAAGGUUGCAAAGUUUACUGUUUUUGUUUAUUACCAAGUCGAAAAUUUUUAGAGAAUAUUUUCUGAUUGAUAUUCAAAGUUUUCUAAUGAAUGGUUGAAUUACUGUAAUCA